UUCGAGCAGCCCCUUCGUGCCGCCCGGCAGUCCCCGGGCAGCGGUGGGCCGCGGUGCGCAGCCUGCCAGGGAGCUGCGGCGGGCACACCCCGGCGGCGGCGACAGCGGACAGGUUAGAGUGGGGGCAGGGACGGUCGCGGGAGCAGCUGGGGGCCGGAGAGGGAGCCCGAGCCAGGCCAUCUCCAACCAUGUCCGACGAAGCGUCAGCCACCACUUCGUACGAGAAGUUUCUAACCCCUGAGGAGCCCUUCCCGCUUCUGGGACCCCCUCGCGGGGUGGGCACCUGCCCGAGCGAGGAGCCGGGCUGCCUGGACAUCAGCGACUUCGGCUGCCAGCUCUCGUCUUGCCAUCGCACGGAUCCGCUCCACCGCUUCCACACCAACAGGUGGAACUUAACUUCCUGUGGAACAAGUGUGGCCAGCUCAGAAUGCAGUGAGGAGCUGUUUUCAUCAGUUUCUGUUGGAGAUCAAGAUGAUUGCUAUUCCCUAUUAGAUGAUCAGGACUUCACGUCUUUUGAUUUAUUCCCUGAGGGGAGUGUCUGCAGUGAUGUCUCUUCUUCUAUUAGCACAUACUGGGAUUGGUCAGAUAGCGAAUUUGAAUGGCAGUUACCAGGCAGUGACAUUGCCAGUGGGAGUGAUGUACUUUCUGAUGUCAUACCCAGUAUUCCAAGUUCACCUUGCCUGCUUCCUAAAAAGAAAAACAAACACCUGAAUUUAGAUGAACUUCCUUGGAGUGCAAUGACAAAUGAUGAACAGGUGGAAUAUAUUGAGUAUCUGAGUCGUAAAGUCAGUACUGAGAUGGGUCUUCGGGAGCAACUUGAUAUUAUUAAAAUAAUUGAUCCUUCUGCUCAAAUAUCCCCUACAGACAGUGAGUUUAUUAUUGAACUUAACUGUCUCACAGAUGAAAAACUGAAGCAGGUCAGAAACUAUAUCAAGGAGCAUAGCCCUCGCCUACGGCCUGCAAGAGAGGCCUGGAAGAGAAGCAACUUUAGUUGCGCAAGCACCAGUGGAGUGAGCGGUGCCAGUGCCAGUGCCAGCAGCAGCAGUGCCAGCAUGGUCAGUUCUGCAAGCAGCAGUGGGUCCAGUGUUGGAAACUCUGCUUCAAACUCCAGUGCCAACAUGAGUCGAGCACACAGUGACAGCAACUUGUCUGCAAGUGCAGCAGAGCGGAUUCGGGAUUCAAAAAAGCGAUCCAAGCAGCGGAAGUUACAGCAGAAGGCCUUACGCAAGAGGCAACUGAAAGAGCAGAGGCAGGCUCGGAAGGAGAGGCUCAGUGGGCUAUUCCUUAAUGAAGAAGUGCUGUCCUUGAAAGUGACUGAGGAAGACCACGAAGCAGAUGUAGAUGUUUUGAUGUAAUAAGGGUGAAUUUAUCAGCAUUCUUUCUAAGCAUUAUUCUAUCUUUAUUUGUUUACAUGCAUCUUGACCAAACUUUUGUUGGUUAGGGCUGUGCUGAUGUACUAUUCAUAAUUUAGGUCUGUGCUUCUCAGCAGGUGGUCCUCAGACCAGCAGCUUCAGCAUCAGCUGAGAAGUUAUUAGAAAUGCAUACUCUUGGGCCCCACCCCAGACUUAGUGAAUCAGAAAUUCUGUGGGAGGGGCCUAGCAUUGUGUUUUAACAGGCACCAGGUUAUUCUGCCACACCCUCUAGUUUUAAGAACCACUGAUUUAGUAAAUGUUUUAACUAUUUAAACUUCAGGGUGGUUAAGUGGGCUUUUUCAAAGACUAGUACUUUUACAGUUUAGAAGACUUUAAGGUACUGCUGACAAAUAGUUUAUUAUGUCAGUAUACAUAUGUAGAGAUCAUAAUUCAGUUUCCUUCUUAAUGUUAUGAUUUCUUAGUUUAGUUUUUCUAAAGGGCCAUAGCAUAAUUCUCAUUUCCUAGUGGACAUCUUUUUUCCAGGUUGGGGUAGGGUGUGGAUUGCUGUUUACAAUAGUGCCUUCAUUAGGUUUAGUUCUAUCUGUUUUCAUUAAUUAUUAACUCAAAGGUGUAAAAACAGGCCCUGAUACCUUUCGUUAGGUUUGUUUUUGUUUUUCACUUUAUGUAAAUUCAGAAUCCUUUCUGCAAGUGAUGACUACUGAGAAAAUAAUGUUACUAGUGGCGAAUUUUAGACAUGAUGCUAUGUUGAUUAAUAUUCAAAAGGAGAAAUCAAUUAAGCAAAACAACCAAUUCUACUUUUCCACUGCUUUUUGAAAUUUUAGGCUGUGAAACUGCCUUAAAGGCAGAAAAUAUCUCUAUCAAGUUCUUUUGUAGGUCUUUUUAUUUUCAGCACAGCUCUAAUUUUUAAAUAUUUGGUGUAACAGCUUCUGGCAUGUGAACAGGUUAAUGUUCAAAAUUAACUAAAGAAAACCCUUACAGUUCUGCUAAACUCUAUAAAUCGCUAGAAAUACACUGAGCAGUGAGAUAUAAAAAAAACUUAGCUUCUUGGCUACUAAUAGAACUCUAAUUUUAAAUGUGAAAUCAUGGAGUCCCUUUAAAUGUUUUC